AAUCGUGACGCGGGUUUGGCAGAGUCGGAGCGAGCAGAGGCGCAGGCGAGCGGCGCAAACAGAGAGGGUUUGUGGGUCAUGGGAGAAAGAAGGUAGAAAGACAGGAGGCUUUUUUUCCAGCUUGGGGUCAGAGUGCUGCUGUAGGACCGGAUCGGUGCUGGUCGGACCGGGAUUUGACCCAAAAGACCCCGGGAAAGAGCGACUGAAGCCCGGAUUUGGCAGCGCCUGACUGGUGUUUUGGGGUUCGCCUCUUCCGCUGUCACCAUGGCGAUGCGAGACUUGGUGGAGGCAGAAUGUGGAGGGUCCAAUCCCCUGAUGAAGCUGACCGGUCACAUGACCAAAGAGGGCGGGGCCUGGAGACACCGCUCCACGCCAACAAUUCCUCCUGCUCCUAUUGAAAUUGCAACAGAAGAAGAGCUGGUGAACGAGUUCCUCCAGACGCCCCCACGACCGCCCCAAACAUUUGAUAUGGGACAACUCCUGGAGGAAAUGCAGCAGAUCGAUCAGCAGAGCUACAGACAGGCGCCGCAGAGAGCUCCAGACGUGGCGGCCCUGGCUCUGUCCGGUGACUGGACGGCGGAGUUCCUCUCUGGGUCAGACUCGGCCUCUGCUCCCCUGGUGGCUCUGGGCGAUGCUUCUGAUGCUGACUGGACCAAAGAGUUCAUCGCUGACGCUGCAGAUCCGGGACGCUGGGCGGAGGAGUAUCUGGAGCAGUCCGAGGAGAAGCUGUGGCUGGGAGACCUGGGAGACAAGGAGAGCGAGUGGACAAAGGAAUACCAAGCAGAAGAUUUGAGACAAGCCGCCAACGAACUCGUGGCUAAAGUCGACGACCCCAAAUUACAAAACACAGAGUUCCUGCGCUUCGUUAGGCAGAUUGGGGAGGGCAGUGUGACAGUGGAGAGCAGCACAGACAAACAGCUCACAGAUAAAGCUCAGGCCCAGGAGGCUCAGAACUGGGCCUCCAGCUUCAACCAGUUCCUGGUCCAAACAGGAGGGGGCAGUCUUCCUCUUGAGCCUCCAGAGAGGGACCAGACCGUUGAGAAAGCUAAAGCUAAACAGGCAGAGAAGUGGGCAAAGGUCGUCAGGCAGGUUUCUGAAGAGUCGGCAGAGGCCUGGGUGGACGAGUUUGCGACAGCGGGGCCGGAUUUCCAACAGGCCAAAGCAGCGGUCGAGAGUGAUGUGGAUUUCUGGGAGAAGCUGCAGGAGGAGUGGGAGGAAAUGGCCAAGAGAGACGCAGAGAGCCAUCCCUGGUUGUCGGAUUUCGAUCAGCUCCUCAGCUCCUCCUACGACAAGGGAUACCAGUUUGAAGAAGACAAUCCGUAUUUAUCACACCCAGACCCUUUGUCAGAGGGAGUAAAAAGGAUGGAGGCCGGAGACAUACCUGGAGCCGUCCGCUUUUUUGAGAGCGCAGUGCAGAAAGAACCGGACAAUCAGCUGGCUUGGCAAUAUCUGGGGACGUGUCAAGCUGAGAACGAGCAAGAGUUUGCGGCCAUCAGCGCCCUCCGCAGGUGUAUUGAGUUGAAGAACGACAACCUGACGGCUCUCAUGGCUCUGGCCGUGAGCUUCACAAACGAGUCUCUCCAUAAACAGGCCUGUGAGACUCUGAGGGACUGGCUCAAACACAACCCCAAAUACAGAGCCGUUUGGGACCAGAGCGAACAAGAGCAGCAGAAGAACGGAGCCAGAGACAAGGGCAAAGAGAGGGAGAGGUUUGGCUCGCUGCUGCCAGAGUCCCUGUUUACGGAGGUGCAGUCCUUGUACCUCCAGGCGGCGAACUCUGACCCCUCGGAGGUCGACCCUCAGCUGCAGUGUGGCCUCGGAGUCCUGUUCAACCUGAGCGGAGAAUACGACAAAGCUGUGGACUGUUUCAGCGCCGCUCUGUCUGUCACUCCACAGGACUACCUCUUGUGGAAUAAACUGGGAGCGACUCUUGCCAACGGGAGCCGCUCGGAGGAGGCCGUGGCCGCGUACAGACGAGCGCUCGAGCUGCAGCCGGGAUUCGUCCGCAGUCGCUACAACCUGGGAAUCAGCUGCGUGAAUCUGGGAGCGCACAGAGAAGCCGUGGAGCACUUCCUGGAGGCUCUUUCGCUCCAGAGACAGGCGGCGGGCGACGGGGCCAGAGCCGCUCGGGGCCCGGGCGUGGCCGCGGCCGCCCUCAUGUCCGACAACAUCUGGUCCACUCUACGCAUGGCCCUAAGCAUGAUGGGAGAAAGCUCGCUGUACGGAGCGGCGGAUCGGAGGGACUUGGACACUCUGCUCGUUCACUUCUGUCAGAGAGAGGUGGAGGGAGCCCCCGAAUGAGGACGACGGAGGGGCGGGACAAUCGAGUGCGAAUGCGUUUUAUUCAACGGGAGAUGUUUGGGUACUCGGCCAGAAGCAGGGGGAGUGUGAAGGUUUGGAGCAGAAGGAAGGACUGGACCUGGGGACGGGACAAGACGGGACGAGACGUGGGCGACGGGACGAGACGUGGGCGACGGGACGAGACGUGGGCGACCGGGACGAGACCUGGGGGAUCGGGACCUAUCAUAUUUAACUAUGAACUAAACUGGGACUAAACUGGGACUACAUUUUCUCAAACUUGAAAAGGCUAGAGAUGCAUUCAAACUUAGACACACAGCAUAUCCAAACUGAGACUAAACUGGGACUAAACCAGGACUUACUCCCGGGACUAGACCAGGACUAAACUAAGACUAGACCGGGACUAAACUAAGACUAGACCGGGACUAAACUAAGACUAGACCAGAACUAAACUAAGACUAGACCAGGACUAAACUAAGACUAGGCCAGGACUAAACUAAGACUAGACCAGGACUAAACUAAGACUAGACCAGGACUAAACUAAGACUAGACCAGGACUAAACUGCUCUAACCAGGAGAAGUGACAAGGCUAGAGAUGCAUUCAUACAUCAAUAUAUCAUAAACUAUAAACUAAACUGGGGCUAAACUGGGGCUAAACUGGGACUAAACUGGGACUAAACUGGGACUAAACUGGGACUAAACUGGGGCUAAACUGGGGCUAAACUGGGGCUAAACUGGGGCUAAACUGGGGCUAAACUGGGGCUAAACCGGGGCUAAACCGGGACUAGACCGAAAUUAAUCUGGGACUAAACCAGGACUAAACCAGGACUAAACCAGGACUAAACCAGGACUAAACCAGGACUAAACCAGGACUAAACCAGGACUAAAUGUUCUUAAACUUGGACAACUGAACACAAAAGGGAUGCAUUCAUAUUUACACCUACAGCAAAUCUAAACUGAGACUAAACUGGGAUUAAAUCAGGACUUUAUCUCGGGACGAGACCGGGACGAGACCGGGACGAGACCGGGACGAGACUGGGACGAGACCGGGACGAGACCGGGACGAGACCGGGACGAGACCGGGACGAGACCGGGACGAGACCGGGACUAAACUGAGCUCAAACUGGGACAAGUGAGUACCGUCUUGUGCUUUUGAGCAGAAGAAAAACAAAUUUUUCAAGUUUAUUUUCACUAAACUGGGACUAAAACAGGACUAGGACAGGACCAAACUGAGUCUACGUCGGGACUGAAGGAGCUCACACCAGGACAAGUGUGAACACGGCUUAAAUCUUGUGCAAAGUGAAAAACUGGGACUCACUGUGAUCAUAAGUUUUGUGUUUGGUCUCCCCUCGGAUCGUCGCACAACUGGCUUAAAGUUCAUUUUAACUGUUUCCUCCAUGAAGAAAGUAAACGAAAUGAACUAAAAACUCAGUAAUUAAGUUUGUGGUUAACGACAAAACUGACAGACGCCCGCCCUCUUUUCUCUGACGGUAAGUACAAUAUUGUUGCUGGAGAGAUUGAUACAGCUGUAAAUCGAUGAUGCAAAGACACUAAUGACGACACUCUAGUUGAAAUAGUCUGAACAUUUCCAAGUUUACGAAUUUGUUUUCCUAAUUAUUUCAGCCAAAACCAGACUGUUAUUGAUUCAAAUAUGUGGCUACGUUUAAUUUAUAUGUUUUGGGAUGAAAAUGCAAUGUGUUACUAUGUUAAAGUAAUGGUUUUGUAAUUAAUAAUUAGGCCUCCAGAUUUUUCAUAUGGCUCUUGUAAAGCUUUUCGCUUCUUUAUCAUUUUAUGCGAUGAUGUGUAUUGUUGUAACAACUCGCUGCACUAUUGUUUUCAGGCCGUUUCUGUCCUGAUAACGAUGUUUAUUAUACUAUUCAGCAAUAAAAUGUUGAUUCAAA